GCCGGCAGUCAGGCUAGGCCCGAGGCUGGAAGCUACGCGGAGAUGGGGGCGGCGGCCGCGGAGGCCGACCGCACUCUGUUCGUGGGCAACCUGGAGACGAAGGUGACGGAGGAGCUCCUCUUCGAGCUGUUCCACCAGUGUUUGAGACAGAAAGGCAGUCUCUGUAGCUUUGGUAGCCUGGGACUCCGAGGCUGACUUUGAACCGAUCCUCCUGCCUGCGCCUCUUGACUGCUGACAAUACAGGCUGGGCCAGUAAUAAAGGUGAAAAUCCCCAAAGAUAAAGAUGGCAAACUGAAGCAGUUUGCAUUUGUGAAUUUCAAGCACGAAGUGUCUGUUCCAUAUGCCAUGAACCUUCUCAAUGGAAUCAAACUUUUCGGGAGACCUAUCAAAAUUCAGUUUAGAUCAGGAAGUAGUCACGCCUCUCAGGAUGCCAGUGUGUCAUAUCCCCAGCAUCAUGUUGGAAAUUUAAGCCCUACCUCCACAUCUCCUAACAGCUAUGAAAGGGCGGUGGGUAACAUGACUCCAUCAGCACAGAUGGUCCAGCGGUCCUUCUCUUCUCCAGAAGAUUAUCAGCGGCAAGCAGUGAUGAACAAUGUUUUCAGACAGAUGUCAUAUGCUGGGAAAUUUGGUUCUCCGCAUGCAGAUCAGUCAGGAUUUUCUCCACCAGUUCAAUCACACGGUCAUACCUUUAACCAGUCUUCCAGCUCCCAGUGGCGCCAAGAUGCACUGUCAUUACAGCGUAAAAGACAGAAUUCUCACCCCUACCUAGCAGAUAGACACUAUAGCCGUGAGCAGCGGUACUCUGAUCAUGGGUCUGACUAUCAUUACAGAGGAGGCCGAGAGGAUUUCUACUAUGAUGACAGGAACCAUGAUGGCUGGAGCCAUGACUAUGAUAACAGAAGGGACAGUAGUAGAGGUGGGAAAUGGCCUUCAUCUCGACAUUAACAAGCAUUCCAAGGACAUUGUUUACAGGGCCAUUUUAGGCCCUUUUAAUGAAGUUGUUCUGGAAAUAUUUCUAAAAACUGUACAGAGUAGCCCCACAGUUUUCCACCUAUCUUUGAAAAAAGAUUUUUUAAGCCUAGCAGCAGUCUCAUAGAGAACUGAGAACUGUGACUCCAUGUGUGUUAUUUUGAUUACCUUACCUCAGGGUUUCUGAAGAGGAAGGAUUUUAUACAAAAGAAUGUGCCAUCAUUCCAGUCAUUUCAGCUAGGAAAGAUGAACUGUGUAGAUGGGUUGUAUUAUAAAGCAAAUAUUUUAAUUAUCUCACCUUUUUGUGUUGCAAGAAAUUUCUUGGUAAUGAACUGGUGUAUGUAGUAGGAAACAUCCAAGUUGGUACCCUGAAAUGGCUAUCUGCAUUUUGCUAAUAAAUGAGAAAAUAGAA